AUGUCGCGCGAAGGACUCGGUGACGACGGCGGAUACGAAGCGCUUGGACCGGGAAGCGCUGAAGCUACUCCUAAGCAGCCUGCGAAGACACCAGGAGCAACCACACUUGGACAGUUUGCGUUACGGCCUGGAGAUGAUGUUGAUCUGAGCUCUGAGCGUGGUGGUCCAGAAGACAAGGGACCAAAAAAGUCGAAAGAAAAAGCUGAAAGGGAGAAGAGAUUGGAGGUACCGCUGAAGUCGAUCGUUCUGGAUAUCAAGCCGUAUAAGGAACCAACAAUGCUGAAAAUUUGUCACACAGUAACACUCAUCCUGCUCGUGUUCAGCUUCGUAUUAAUGGCGUUAACGGUCGUGCAGUUUGUCGAUAUCUUUGUUUGGCUGCCUAUGUUAUUGGGUGAAAAUGAUUGA